AUGACUAGUCCACCGGCAGCGUUGAAUUUAGAGUUUGAAAUUGCCCCAUUUUCACUAGGACUCUCUGCAGUAUCAGGAGCCAAAGUCGAUGAAGGGCCGGCACUUAGUGGAGUCAUUGGCAUUGAAGAAUCUGGAGACAAAGAUGGUGCAGCCGAUGUUGGUAUUGUCACGGGUGAAUCUGCGGGUGUUGCUGCAGUCGCUGGUACCGCUGCAAUUGCAGGAACUUCGGCUGCCGGUGGUGAUGAUUUGGGUGCAGGUGAUGGUGGAGAUGAAACAGGAGCCACGGGAGUCGGUGGUGGAGUAACAGCGGAUGGUGCAGGAGAGAUCUUACGUGGGGGUGAAACAACAGGAGGUGAUGAAGUUGGGGCUUUUGAUGGAGAUGGUAGUGGAGUUACAGGAGAUUUUGCUUGUGGUGGUGGUGCUGUUGUUGAAGAUUGCGGUGGUGGAGGUGUUGCUGUUGAUGAGUGCGGUGGUGGUGGUGUCGUUGCUGGUGAUGGUUUUGGGGAUGACGCUGGUGAUUGUGCAAAUGCAGAGUCCAACACGCACAAUGCUAACAAAAUAAUGAAAACUGAUCGAUUCAUGAUGAGUUACUAA